CUGUCCGGGUUUAAAAUCAUUUCUCUACCGACGCUUAACUAGUGUACCAAGGCACUGUUGACUGAACGAGCAAAUUUAUUUAAUUUGAGAUGACGUGCAUAUGCUCCUUAUCGAACCUCAGUAAAUGUGACAAAAAGGGCGCAAUUCAAAUCGGGACUAUAAUCUCGAUAGUUUUUCUGUUGAUCGUACUAGUUUCCGUAGUGAUUAUGGUUUGGACGAUGCCGGAUAUUGAACCAAUAGAUGGGAGAACUCAUAUUUGCUUAAGAUAUGACAGUGGUGUUCUAUGCACAGAAACGACAUCGACAUUAAAGAGUUUAUUGGAAAAUGAAGUAACUCAAGUGUACAAGGAAACAGCAGAACAAGACGCUAUAGAUACAAGGCAAUAUUUCAAUGAUCACGUGAAAAUAGAGUUGAAGAAUGACUACCUAGCAUCCAUUCCAGAUAUGAAACCAGCUGCAAAGCUUGUCGGAUUGAUUACUAAUAAAAAUAAAGGCUUGGUAACAAGGAAAAAGGGGGAGUUGGAAACAGUAGUGUCUUGGUUCAAUGGCAGAGAUUUGGACUACACUUCCGGUUUCAUGAGAUACGGUGUCAGAUACCAGAACGGGCGGCUUAUUGUACCUCUUACUGGCACAUACAACAUUUACUCCUUUCUAAGUCUCACAGAAGACAUUGACCACUCAGAGAUAACACAUGAGAACAUCAAUGCAACACUAGUUACACAUGCUAUGUACAAAUACAAUGUAAAACUAGUACACGAAGUGGAACUAGCAUCUUCGGUGCAAACACACCGGCAAAGGAUCAACAGAAAUUUCAACGCGUUCAGUUCACAAAUCUCAACGUUGGUACAGUUAGAAGCCGGUGACGAAAUUUCGGUGAAAAUAAGCGAUAUUUCACUGACAUCAUAUCCAGGCGAUAACUUCUUCGGUCUACACAUGAUCUGACUACUGAUCCAAAGACGUCCACUCCGUGGAGCUGCGUGCACGUCGCGUGGAUGCUUUAGACCAAAGGCUCCACAGUCCAUUUACAUUUCCCGGCAGCAGUCAUAUUGUAACAUUCUUAACGUAAACGAAAUUUCAUGUAAAUGAUUUCAAUGGGAAAACAAAACAUUGGUAAAUUCAUUCAAAAUUGAGGCAUUCCAAAAAGGCUAUUGCUUACCGCUUAACAUGUGUUUCAUUAAAUAAAUAAUUUGAAUUCCUUCAACAUUCUUAGUAUUAAAUAAAAUAGAAAACAAAGUUUUUUUCUUAAAUGGAGAUCAAAGUUGGUCCUUCAUUAAAGAAAUGUGCCAACAGGUGUUCAUGAAUAUAGAGAAAUGACCAUUUUAAAAUUUCGACCUUUUAACGGAUAUCGUUGUUUGGAAAAAAAUGAAUGAUUCUACAAUUACAAAUAACUUAACAAAUACUUGACAUAUACCUACUUUUUUGGAAGAUAAUCAGAGGGAUCAUUUUUAUACAAAUCUUAGUGAGGGACUAGUUUUUUAAACUUUACACGAAUAUACUAUAUUUUUGUUCAUGUUUGUGGUAUCAUUGUCAUCACUUUGUUAUGUGUUAUCGUAGUGAAUCAUAAAAAUAGAAUACAUGGUCAAUAGCAUUAAAUGUGAAUGAUAAAUAUAUAUCUCACAGUUUUACUAUGCCUAUAAAAUCGCCUUACAUCUUAAAAUCUCCAGUGUCUUCCUGAGUCGUAGCUAAAGAACUAACAGACAAUGCCUUUAGAGUACACGUUAAACACGCCAGCCAUUGAAGCAGGUCAUAGUCCUCAAAACGUGAUCUGUAUAUCGUGCCAUGCGCCCGAGAAAACAGCGACAGGUCGACAACGGUUCAUUAAUAAAAGGAAAACCCGACACCAAUAUAAUACAGUAAAUAUUUCAACGCAUUUAUCCAAAAGCUAUUUGCCAAGUUUAUGUGAAGUUUUGUCAUGCGAUUCUAGAAAUAUGUAUAAUUCGGCUACAUUGUUUAUGGUUUGCGGGCAUUGCUGAUUUUCUGUUUGUCCAAGAAGAUUAUUUUAUUAUAAGUAACUCAUUAAGCUAUCCAAUUCAUUUGUAUUUGCCAUAAAAUAAUGUUUUAUGGACAUUUUAUGAGCAAUUUUCUAAGGAUGAAGUAUGACAAAAGAUCAUGUCUACAGUAAAAACUGAUAAGAACUAUUUUUUAUAAAAAUGUUCAACUUAUUUG